GCCUGGCCGCCGCCAUGACCGAGGAGUCAGAGGAGACGGUCCUGUACAUUGAGCACCGCUAUGUCUGCUCUGAGUGCAACCAGCUCUACGGCUCCCUGGAGGAGGUGCUCAUGCACCAGAACUCCCACGUGCCCCAGCAGCACUUUGAGCUGGUGGGUGUGGCUGACCCAGGAGUCACUGUGGCCACAGAAGCAGCUUCCGGCACCGGGCUCUACCAGACCCUAGUGCAGGAGAGCCAGUACCAGUGCCUGGUGUGCGGGCAGCUCCUGAUGUCACCCAGCCAGCUCCUGGAGCACCAGGAGCUACACCUGAAGAUGAUGGCGCCCCAGGAGGCGGUGCCAGCCGAGCCGCCACCCAAGGCCCCCGCCCUGAGCUCCAGCACCAUCCACUAUGAGUGCGUGGAUUGCAAGGCUCUCUUCGCCAGCCAGGAGCUCUGGCUGAACCACCGGCAGACGCACCUCCGGACCACUCCCACCAAGCCUUCCCCCCCAGUGGUCCUGGGGUCCCCAGUGGUCCUGGGGUCCCCUGUGGGCCAGGCCCUGGUGGCUGUGGAACACUCAUACCGCAAGGCAGAAGAGGGUGGGGACGGGGCAGUGGUCCCCUCGGCUGCUGCCACUGCCGCUGAUGUGGUGACCGAAGUGGAGCUGCUGCUCUAUAAGUGCUCCGAGUGCUCCCAGCUCUUCCAGCUGCCUGCUGACUUCCUGGAGCACCAGGCCACCCAUUUCCCUGCCCCCGCCCCAGAGUCUGAGGAGCCUGCCUUGCAGCAGGAGACCCUGACCCCACCGCUGGCCGACGUGCCGGUGUCUCAGCCUGACCCUCUGCCGUCCUCAGACCACAGCUACGAGCUGCGCAACGGUGAAGCCAACGGGCGUGAUCGCCGGGGCCGCAGGACCCGGAGGAACAACAGUGGGGAGCCUGGCAGAGCCUCCACCCAGGAACUGUUUUGCUCGGCCUGUGACCAGCUCUUUCUCUCGCCUCACCAGCUCCAGCAGCACCUGCGGAGCCACCGGGAGGGCGUCUUUAAGUGCCCCCUGUGCAGUCGUGUCUUCCCCAGCCCUUCUAGUCUGGACCAGCACCUCGGAGACCACAGCAGCGAGUCUCACUUCCUGUGUGUGGACUGUGGCCUGGCCUUCAGUACUGAGGCCCUGCUCCUGGCCCACCGGCGAGCUCACACCCCGAACCCUCUGCAUUCGUGUCCGUGCGGAAAGACCUUUGUCAACCUCACCAAGUUCCUCUAUCACCGGCGUACCCAUGGGGCGGGGGGCGUCCCUCUGCCCGCAACCCCCGUCCCACCGGAGGAGCCUGUCAUUGGUUUCCCUGAGCCAGCCCCGGCAGACACUGGAGAGCCAGAGGCCCCAGAGCCCCCCGCGUCUGAGGAAGGCCAGGGGCCCGCAGCCCCUGGCACGUACCGCUGCCUCCUGUGCAGCCGUGAGUUUGGCAAGGCGUUGCAGCUGACCCGGCACCAGCGUUUUGUGCACCGCCUGGAACGGCGCCAUAAAUGUAGCAUUUGCGGCAAGAUGUUCAAGAAGAAGUCUCAUGUUCGAAACCACCUGCGCACACACACGGGCGAGAGGCCCUUCCCCUGCCCAGACUGCUCCAAGCCCUUCAACUCGCCUGCCAACCUGGCCCGGCACCGGCUCACACACACCGGGGAGCGGCCCUACCGCUGCGGGGACUGUGGCAAGGCGUUCACGCAGAGCUCCACGCUGAGGCAGCACCGCCUGGUGCACGCCCAGCACUUCCCCUACCGCUGCCAGGAGUGCGGGGUGCGCUUCCAUCGCCCCUACCGCCUGCUCAUGCACCGCUACCACCACACCGGCGAGUACCCGUACAAGUGUCGCGAGUGCCCCCGCUCCUUCCUGCUGCGCCGGCUGCUGGAGGUGCACCAGCUUGUGGCCCACGCGGGGCGCCAGCCGCACCGCUGCGCGUCCUGUGGGGCCGCCUUCCCCUCCUCGCUGCGUCUCCGCGAGCACCGCUGUGCCGCUGCCGCUGCCCAGGCCCCGCGGCGCUUCGAGUGCGGCACCUGCGGCAAGAAGGUGGGCUCCGCUGCGCGGCUGCAGGCGCACGAGGCGGCCCACGCGGCUGCUGGACCUGGAGAGGUCCUGGCCAAGGAGCCCCCCGCCCCUCGGGCCCCCCGGGCUACGGCCACGCGCUCCCCCGUGGCCUCCCCAGCCACCCUGGGAGGCACUGCCCCUGCCGCCCCCGCCCGGCGCCGAGGCCUGGAGUGCAGUGAGUGCAAGAAGCUGUUCAGCACAGAGACGUCGCUUCAGGUACACCGGCGCAUCCACACGGGCGAGCGGCCGUACCCGUGUCCAGACUGCGGCAAGGCCUUCCGACAGAGCACCCACCUGAAGGACCACCGCCGCCUGCACACGGGCGAGCGGCCCUUUGCCUGUGAAGUGUGUGGCAAGGCCUUUGCCAUCUCCAUGCGCCUGGCAGAGCAUCGCCGCAUUCACACGGGUGAACGGCCGUACUCCUGCUCCGACUGCGGCAAGAGCUACCGCUCCUUCUCCAACCUCUGGAAGCACCGGAAGACCCACCAGCAGCAGCACCAGGCAGCGGUGCGGCAGCAGCUGGCGGAGGCGGAGGCGGCCGUCGGCCUGGCUGUGAUGGAGACCGCGGUGGAGGCCCUGCCUCUCGUGGAGGCCAUUGAGAUCUACCCGCUGGCGGAGGCCGAGGGCGUCCAGAUCAGUGGCUGACCGCCCCGUGCCUCCGAUCUCUGUCGCGAAGAACCUCCUCUGCCUCCUCCUAAAUCUCUGUAUAUAUUCUGCCCCUUCCGCUGUCCCUCCCAACCACCAUGUAAUUUCUGUAAUUAGAUUUCUCUUUUCUGAGGAGGUGCUUGGGGGUACUGGGGAUGCAUAAGGGUACCCCCGCCACCCACCUUCCACUGGUUAGCACUGGUGGCCCCAGGUGAAAUUGUCAAUAAAGACUUGAAUUGGACAUUUA